AUGUCUGAACCGGUAUCUUCCCCAAGAUAUGAAUUUAUUGAAACACCGAAAAGUAAUAACUUUGAUAUCAUUAUGGAAACUGGUAAAAUUGGUGUUAAAGUGAAUGAUGGAACUAAAAAAUCACAACGAAAUGCGAAACCGAAUCAAAAGAUCGUGCGUCUUAUUGAUGUUCCGUUCCCUCCAGAUUUAACUGAAGAGGAUCUAGUAAAACCUAGAAAUGAAAAUUGUGAUAAACUGAAAGUACCGAAUAAAUUCUUUAUAUACAGAAAAUGGUACACCAUGUGUUUGGAGAGAGAAGAACUGAAAAAUGAUCAAACGUCAAUUUCUCCUUAUAUUUCUGAACAAUGGAGAAAUGAACCUCAAAAAGUUAAGGAUCAUUAUGCUGACUUGUCUAUACGUGCGGGCAAAUUGUUCAAAGAAAGAUACGGAAAAGAAGGAUUUAAAACCAAUACUUCAAAAAAACCACGAAACAAAAACACCGAAGACACAAAUAAAAAUGAUAAAUCACGAAGAAAAAAAUUAACUGCAGUAAAACCUAAUAUUAAGAAAGAAAAUCUCGAUUCAACUGGCCUUUUACAAUUGGAAGAUAUGUGGCUUGGGCAACAACAUUUGCAACAACCUUUACUCCCAAUUAAUCAAUCUCUACAUUCAUUUGAUCAACAUCAAGAAUUGUCAGAUUCAUUUUCUGAAUCUUCAUCUCCUGGAUAUCAAACAUCAGAACAGUCGCUUGAUAUGGAGAUAGAUGAUUGUAUUACAAAUAUUAUGGAUCAUACAAAUAUUAUGGAUCAUACAAAUAUUAUGGAUCAUACAAAUAUUAUGGAUCAUACAAAUAUUAUGGAUCAUACAAAUAAUACGAACCUUGCGAAUAAUGACAUAUAUAAUUAUGAUCCAAAUAAUAAUAAUUAUUCCCCAGAAUUUUACAUCUGCGAUUUUGUUCGUGGACAACUAUAA